UUUUUUUUUUAUUUUUUUAUUUUUUUUUCUUUUCCUUUAAUAAUGGUUUGCAUACAUGUUGAAACUCAUCCAUUGACACCUCCUACUGCAUUUGAUCAAGUGCAUAAGGAAGAAUGUACUCAAUGUUUUGAUAAUCAAGAUGGACCCGAAGGUAUUGAUGUUUGUUUAACUUGUUUUAAUGGUGGUUGUUUAGACAGUAAAAGACAUCAUGCGUUGACGCAUUCUCAACUUAGUGGACAUCCUUUAGCUGUAAACAUUCGUCGUCGUGUCAUUAAUAACAAUAAAAGAGACAAUGAACAACCACCACCACCCAAAAUUACUAAAAUUGUUAUUUCACCAGAAAAUGAAGAACCACAAUAUGAAUACUUGACUAAAAUCCAUUGUUAUAUUUGUAAUCAAUAUGAGCAGAGAGAUGCUACACCAAAGCUAAAUGAUCAAGUCGAAGCCAUAUUGAACUCUAUGUCUUCUGCUAAGCAGUCAGAGGUGAAAGCUUGGGAGGAAGUUAUUACACCUUGUGAACACACGCUUUGUUUACAACAAGAGCCACCUAAAAAACUUGAAGGACAAGCUUUAGCUCAUUGUGCUAAUUGUGACCUUAAUCAGAACCUAUGGUUAUGUUUGAUUUGUGGUAAUUUAGGUUGUGGACGAAAACAGUAUGAUGGUUCUGGUGGAAAUAAUCAUGCUAUUGAGCACUUUGAGAAGACUGGACAUGGUGUUAAUGUCAAAUUAGGCACUAUUACACCUGAAGGAACAGCAGACAUUUAUUGUUAUAGUUGUGAUGAUGCACGUAUUGACGAAAACUUGGCUAGUCAUUUAGCUAAUUGGGGAAUUAAUGUAGCUCAACAGCUUAAGACAGAAAAGAGUAUGACAGAACUUCAACUUGAACAAAAUCUGAAAUUUGAUUUCAGUAUGACAACAGAGGAUGGUAAGCAACUUGAACCACGAUUUGGUCCUGGGUUUACAGGACUAAAAAAUCUCGGCAACAGCUGUUAUAUGGCUUCCGUCCUUCAAUCAGUCUUUCAUUUGAGCAAGUUUAGAUAUCGUUAUGAUAAUGAGUUACGAGAUCAUGCAUUAACUUGCACACAAGAAAGCUCUGCUAAUUGCUGGUAUUGCCAAUUACACAAAAUAGCUGAUGGGCUUUUAUCUGGUCGUUAUUCACAUUAUGUUCAACAAUUUGACAAAGAUCAUGGUGUUGAAUCAAGCGAUGGGGGAGUUGCACCAAGUAUGUUUAAGACUUUGGUAGGGAAAAAUCAUCCUGAAUUUUCAACAAUGCGUCAACAAGAUGCCUUUGAAUUUUUUCAAUAUUUUUGCAAGACAGUACAGCAAAAGGAACAUGCUACCAAAUCAAAUGAUCCUACCAAUGUCUUUGAAUUUGAGACCGAACAGCGCCUCCAGUGUGAUAAAUGCAAGAGAGUAAGAUAUCAAAAGGACAAAACUAGUUCUAUUUCUGUAAGUGUACCUGUUCGUCAACUAGAAAGUGGUGGAUACGAAAAUGUUGAUUUCUAUGAAUGUUUGAAUGAUUUUGUGAAAGAAGAAAUUGUGGAUGGAUAUCAAUGUCCUCAGUGUAAAGAAAAGACGAUAGCUAGAAGAUCUGUUAAAUUCAGUACUUUUCCUGAAAUUCUUGUUCUUAAUCCAAGAAGGUUCACCUUUAUUGAUUGGGUUCCUCAGAAAUUAGAUAUUAAAAUCGAUUUUCCUGAAGGGCCUAUCCAACUUGAUAAAUAUCUUAGUAAAGGACAGCAAGAUGGAGAAGAGUUAUUACCUGAGGAAGAAGAGAAACCUUCAGAAUUGGCUUUUAAUGAAAAUGAUAUUGAGCAAUUAAAGGCAAUGGGAUUUUCUGAAAAUAGAUGUAAGCGAGCACUAAUUAAUACAGGAAAUCAAGGUGCUGAGAUAGCUAUGAACUGGAUAUUUGAGCAUAUGGAUGACGCUGAUGUUGAUGAUCCAUUGCCUUCUACUAGCACCUCAGCAGGUGGUGUAAGUCAAGAACAAAUUCAUACUUUACAGGAAAUGGGAUUUACUGAAGCACAAGCUAAGAAGGCAUUAAGAGAAACUAAUAAUGAUACAGAAAGAGCUUUAGAUUGGUUAUUCAGUCAUCCUGAUGAUUCUGGAGAAGAUAAUACAAUAGCAGAAACAAACACAGCUGGAGACGCUAUUCCACCUUUUAAUUAUGAAAUAGACUCCUUUAUAUCUCACAAAGGUACAUCAGUUCAUUGUGGACACUAUGUUUCACAUAUUCACCAUGAUGGUGAAUGGGUUUUAUUUAAUGAUAACAAAGUCGCUGUUACACCAAACCCACCUAUUGGUGACGCGUAUUUGUAUUUUUUGAAAAGAUUACAAUAAUAAAAAUAUUUUAUUAAGAAUAA